AUUUUUGUCGAUUUGGAUACACUCAGCAUCUACGUAUAUUGCUUAACAACAAACCAUAGUCGUCCUCAGGGUUUAAGGGAAUUAAAACACUACUUAGCGAUUGUGUGGAAUCCAGACAGGACAGCAAGCCAACUAUGGUGGCCACACCGGAUAUUCUACUACAACUCCUUCUGACUAUUAGGGUUUUAGAAUCAUCUCUCCUUAUCCCCAAAAGGAAUGGCAGUUUCCUCUCUGUACACAUCAAAUUCUCUCCUUCACAGUCAUUCUUUUUCGUAUUUCGAAAGCUUGAAGCUUUACUUACACAAUGGGUUAAAUUCAAGAAGACGAAAAAGCAGUGGCAGGUUUGCUGUAUCGUCAUCGCAUUCAAAUCCCAAAAUUCUCAAGUCCAAUCGUCGCUCUAGGUUCGGUCAGAGACUAUCUCCUUACGAUAGCGACAACGAAAAUGAAGCUAUUGAUGACGAUGACGAUGAUUGGCUCUCAGAUGGCCCAGGACCAGGUUAUAGUGAUGAUAAAGCGAAAAGCAAGUUGCAAGCUGCAAGUAAUGUCAAUGGAGGUAGCAUGUAUUCAAGAAUGGGUAGGAAGCUAAAAGUUAUCAAAGGAAACGGAAAGGUCAAUUUAAACAGAAACAAUUACACAGAGAAAGAUAAGGAGACAGGGAAGUCUUCAAAGAACAAAUAUCGGCGUUUAGCAGAGGAAAUAGAAGUAGACGAAAAAUGGUUUCCACUACUUGACUACCUCACAACUUUUGGCCUUAAAGAUUCUCACUUUAUCCAAAUGUACGGAAGACACAUGCCUUCACUUCAAAUAAACGUCACUGCAGCACGAGAAAGAUUAGAGUUCUUGAUGAGUGUUGGUGUAAAAAGUAAAGAUAUAAAGAAAAUCCUCAUGAGACAACCACAGAUUUUGCAGUAUACAGUUGAAAGCAAUCUCAAAUCCCACGUGGCGUUUUUGGUAAAUUUGGGAAUUCAGGAUUCAAGAAUCGGACAGAUCAUUACUGCUACACCAUCGAUCUUCUCUUACAGUGUGGAAAAUUCAUUAAAGCCUACUGUGAGGUAUUUGAUUGAAGAAGUUGGUAUUAAAGAGAGUGAUUUGAGUAAAGUUGUGCAAUUAAGCCCUCAAAUUUUGGUUCAACGGAUUGAUAAUUCAUGGAAUGCGAGGUAUAGAUUCCUUACAAAAGAACUUGGUGCACCCAGGGACAAUAUAGUAAAAAUGGUCACGAAACAUCCUCAGCUCCUUCAUUACAGCAUUGAAGAUGGCAUGUUACCAAGAAUUAACUUCUUGAGGAGUAUCGGCAUGCACAACUCAGACAUAUUGAAAGUCUCUACUAGCCUCACACAGGUGUUCUCAUUGUCUCUUGAGGACAAUUUGAAGCCUAAAUACUUGUAUUUGGUGAAUGAACUACAAAACGAGGUCAAAUCUUUGACCAAGUAUCCAACGUAUCUAAGCCUAUCCUUAGACCAGAGGAUCCGGCCCCGCCAUCGGUUUUUGGUUGCCCUAAAAAAAGCUCCAGUGGGACCCUUUCCUUUAAGUUCAUUUGUUCCAAAUGAUGAAAGCUUUUGUCAGCAAUGGGCGGGAACUAGUGUAGAUAAGUACUUGGCAUUUCGUCAAAGGUUACUGCUCAAAGAUUUAGCAAAAAAAUAUGAAAGGUCAUGAUCAAAGGACAACAAAUUUUGGUUUCUAAAUGUAACUCGAAUUCUGUCACAAGUUUUGUGCUUCUUUUUAUUUGGUAGUGAUCCAGGUUCUUUUAACUAAUUUUGAGACAAGUGAGAAAUCGAAAUUGGCUUCAAAAUGAUGCUUAAUUUAUUUCAAGGUUCAGUUUGUUAAAUGUGGGUUUGCAAGAAGACACCCGGGAUCUUUUGAUUGAGAAAUGUCCACUACUGGUUCGAUUUUUUUUUUUUUUUUUUUUUUUUUGUAUAUGUACGAACAUGUGUAAGGUGUUUUUCUUUUUUUAUUUUUAUUAAAAUUCAGGAAACUAAAUAUAUGUAGAAAGGUAUAGAUAAGAGAUUGUUCAUGUCCAUUCAUAUAGUUUUCAGGUUCUGAUACAUGGGUACAAGUCUGAAUUUGGUCGAGACUAAGCUUAUAUAUAAUAAUAAUAUGUAUAAAAAACAGUUUUUCA